CUGACAACACAGAACAGGUUGCGUUCAUCUGGUUCAUGACUUAUUGCAACCGUAAAGCACUGUUCUGCGUCGCUGCUGAUGAAUAGAUCGUAAAUACCGCACAAGCAAAUCGUGCCAAAUCCAGAGGAGAUCAAGAAGGCUGUAGGUAAACUCACCAUGAAUUACGAGCACCACCUUGCGAACCAGGCCCUGCCGCCCAUUGAGCGACUGUGUGAACCUAUUGAAGGGACAGACAAGGCACGGUUGGCUGAACUUCUCGGUGAACGUGGAACCUUCGUAACCUUGUACGCUGCAUCUGCAUAUCAGCCAUCAUGUUUAAUCGCGGAUUUAUCACAACUAAACUCUGUGGGCGUGCGUAGAUAGACGAUCGGUGUCUUCUGCUGGUAUGGGAAGAAGUGCUGUCCGGAAUGUUGGAUACUUGUAACACCUAGCAGUAAACAGCACAACGGUGUGCUACAUGGGACUGAGAAGAUAAAAAGUGAUUGA